AUGGACGAGUGGGGCGCGGACGAGCGUCGGAGCACCAGGGAAGUGCCAACACCUCAGGAGCAGCGCCAGGCGGGCGUGGACCGCGAACGGAACGCUCGACACAGGACGGGCCUCAGAGAGCUACCACAGAUGGCGACCAAGCCGGGCGCGGACGUCCGAGGGAGCACCGGGGAAGAGACAGCACCUUACAAGCAGCGCCAUGCGGGCGCGGACGUGUGUCGUCCACCGUCUUGUGCAGAACUGCAGGUCCAGGCGGCUGUUUUCCGGGAACGCCUCUCCAACUACUGGCGAGACGUGGCGCAGCUGCUCUCACUCGGUGCGACGCACUCCUCGCAGCUGUUGGUUCCCCUCGCAUUCGAACGUAUGGAUAACCACACGAGUGAUCAGCAACUCCACGGUUGGAUUAAGGGCGUGGAGCGUAUGAAAGACAUGCUGCACAUGAAAUUAACCGGAUUGCUACACGACACGCAAUACGCCAGCAAACAGAUAGAGCACUACAAGAUGGAAGAAGAUAAGGACAGGCCCGGGCACUUGAUAUUGAGGCGGCCGCUGUUGAGUGAACGUCUACUGGGCUAUCAGCCGUGGAACCUCUCCUUUCACGACUUCAGUGCGGUGUGCAGGGAUCGGCAGCCAGAGGCGUCAAACAUGCUGAGUCUCGCUGACACACUGUACGCCUUCUAUCGUGGCUACUGGUACGCUGCAGCUGCGUACAGCGAUACACUGUACAAAGAUGAUUUCAAGACUGUAGAUGAGGAGUGGCAGCUAGAGGACAGAAGCAACGUUACACUCUCCGUGGACACUGACUGCGUGCAGCUGUUGGCAAACGCCCUGGACCACCCCACGUGUCCGCUGGAAGACCUGCCAGUGGAUGCCCUUAAGCAGCGCCAGCAGUGCCGCGUGCAGCUGUGGGAUGACAUGGUGCAGAGGUCGCCCCACAUGCCCGUGACCAGCUACCUGGCCUACACACAGAGGGUGAAUGUCAACCUCUGCCUUCUGGCCUGGAUGGCAGUCAACUCGCUCGGCAUUUGUCAGGAUGUCCCCUUCAGUAUGAUGCGGUCCAUGCAUGAUGCUCGCUGCUAUUUCGAUAGUCCUGACGAUCAAUCAUGUGUGGAAUCGAACGCUACAGAUGCCAUCUGCUCUGUUUCCAGAGCUAUUCUGUUGUUGAAGUGUCGCAAUUUCUCCUCCGUUAAGCCUUACGACGAUUGUACGACCUUUUAUUACCCACUUCUACCGAGCGUUGGUUCUGGCACCAUACUGUAUCAAAAGCUAACAGAAAAAACACUGAACUACAAAAACAGUUUAAACAACGCCACCUUGAAAUACAAGGAUUUCAAAAUCGAGAGCUUAAAGCCUUUAGAAAUCUCAUUUAUACUAGUAAAUAUUAUUUUCCGCUUUUCGACUGCUCUAGUAUACAUGUACCUUCCUCAGUUACGUAACUUGCCUGGAAAGAUAUUCUUGUCCUUUCAGAUCACGUGCAUAAUCCAGAUCCUGUGUUCUGAGGUCGUGUAUCGUAUGGCAGGGGUCCCUGACUUACCUACAGCAGUGCUGAUAGACAGCGCCCUCACACUUCUCAGCUGUAUCUGGCUGAACUCAUUCUGCUACCAGAUGUAUGCUUGUGUUCGCCAUCUGAGGCUUCCUAGCCACCUACUACCUGCUGAAGUAAGCAAAUUAUUCCGUCGUCAAGUGCUGUAUGUGUUAAUACCGUGGAGUAUAGUAUGUGCAGCAGCUGUUGCUUUGGAAAAGAUUAGUAAAUAUUACCUGAUCCACAGUCGUAUAGUAGUCCUUGUCGGUAUUUCACUGUCAGUGGCUUUCAAUUUGGUUUGCCUUGGAGUGGUUGGAUACAUGUAUCUAUGUGCUCGGUAUUCCAUGCGGCAACUCAAAAUUGUUAGUAACAAUAAAUUUGCCUCAAAGAAGGAAUGUCUUUUUAUGUCAGUUAAGGCCGUGAUCUUAAGUGGAAUAGGUAUUGUAAUUAGAAUUGGAUUCCACCAGGCUCAAGGGAUAGCGCAGUUUGUCUAUUACGUACAUCUAGCUACAAUGGUGCAAGGACCAGUGCUGUUCAUCUGUUUCGUCUGUAACGAAACGACACUCCCCGUCCUGAAAAGCAGAGUACUGGCGUGGUUUAACCCAACUGGCAUCCCUGCAGGUGUAGAGCUGUGUUCAGCAGCUGAGAGGAAUCUGGCCAGGAGAAACAAUGAACAGUCUCUGGUUGUAGAAUCCUCUCUGUAGCCUCCUUCAGUAUUUUUCUGCAGUAACUGUCUUGACAGUAUACUGCAUUAAAGCCUGGAAGAAAAA